CUUUUGUAAAAUUACCGAUAUAACUAUUGAAGAGAUUGCUAGUUCGUGUCUUAAUUUAAAGUAUCUCAAAUUGGAAGAAUGUGAUAAUGUUAGCAAAGAAGCCAUAGAUCAGCUCAUUUCACUUAAUCCAAAUAUUCAUGUUGAGAAUUUCUGCGGUUUUCAAUAUUGGCAGGAUGAAAAAAAUUUUGUGAUUGAGGUUUGCAAAGAAGAUAAGGUUACCACUCUUGAAUCUGCCGUUAAAAUUUUAUUAGCAAAUCAGGGUUACUAA